GGGGUUCAGAGCAGGCAGCGUCCAGUCUGGCAGGAAGCAUUGUGUGUUCUCGGAGACGUGCCUGGAGUGGCCAAGCCAUGCUGAGUGCGGGGGAGAAAAACACAACGCUUCUCCCAAGAUGAAGGCAGAGAGGCAGGCUUCCUCCAAUCAGGCAGGAGUUUUUUUACUUUUCCAAAACCUGUGCAUCCUCACCUUUUUCUUGUCAGCCGUCAGUGGUGUCAACAUCACCUGCCCAUCCUCUAUCAUAAGGGGCACCCUAGGCAGCUCGGCCCUGCUUUCCGUCAGCUAUACUAGCACCAGCUCAGACAGACCCGUCAUCAAGUGGCAGCUAAAGAGGGACAAACCUGUUACUGUGGUACAGUCUAUCGGCACUGACAUCAUUGGGAACUUGCGGAGCGAAUACCGUGGCCGCAUCAUGCUCUUCGAAAACGGCUCACUGCUGCUCAACUACCUGCAGCUGUCAGAUGAGGGUGCCUAUGAAGUAGAGAUCUCCAUCACUGAUGACACCUUUACCGGGGAGAAACACCUGAACCUCACUGUGGACGUUCCUGUGUCCAGGCCUUUCGUGCACUUGGUGGCUUCGUCUGUGCUGGAGUUUACUGAACACUUCACACUGAACUGCUCUCACGACAGGGGUACAAAGCCUAUUUAUGGCUGGCUGAAGGGCGGGAAGCCUAUGAACAAUGACACACGUCUGCUCCUGUCACAUGACCACAAAGUUCUGAAUAUCUCUCGGGUGCUGAUGUCAGAUGAUGAUGUCUACACCUGCACUGUGGAGAACCCCAUCAGCAGCAUGAAAAGCAUUCCUGUCAGACUCACAGUCUACAGGCGAAGUUCUCUCUAUAUCAUUCUUUCCACUGGUGGAAUUUUCUUGCUUAUAACCCUGGUGACGGUGUGUGCCUGUUGGAAGCCUUCCAAAAAAAAAAGGCAACAGCCAGUUAUGCACAGCAGGCAAAAUGUUGAGCAGAGCAAUGGCAAUCAUGAAGUUGCAGUUGAUAUUGUUCCAGGAAGGAGCUACCAUAAUCGUAAAGGCCCAGGUGGUUUAUAUGUUCUAAAGGAAACAGACUUUUCCGAAGAACAAGACGAGGAGCCGUGUAACUACAUCCACCCUUUGGAUCCACACAGUCCACCUUGCUAUCCCAGCACAUUUUCCUCUCCAGAUGCACAUACCUACUCAGGAAGAAGAUACCCUCGCACCCCUGUUCCCUCUCCUCCUACAACCCCGACCACCACCAUGGCUAUAUCAUCUUCACCACACCUUCGAAGCUUACCACGAAAGCCUCACCCUUCAGCUGCAAGCCCCACCCCCUCGCAUACAGAAGAACAGUUGGCUAUACACGAGACUAGCGUUCAUAGCCGCAUUUAACCACUAAGUCAAAGAAUCUUUCAAAAAGAAAAAAAAAAUAUAUAUAUAUAGAGAGAGAGAGAGAGAAAGAGAGAGACAGAGAACAUUCAUGAUAAUUUGCAGCGGUCUGGGAAAACCAUUCACAUGGCGAGAAAUGUGUCACUAAAAGAGAAGAGAAAAUAAAAUUCUUAGACUGAAUCAGGCCAACGUUUGCAUACCUUUCAUCAAAUGCAUGUUGCGCAUUGCCAUGCAAUAUUUGAGGAAAUUAACAGCACAAAACAAAAUUUUCAUUCUCACAAGUCCAUCAAUUGAUAUUAACACCACAAGAUUUAUUCACAGAUUCAGUCUGGGUGAGAUAUCAAUGCACUGGGUAUGAAUCACACAUUGAGUAACAUUACAUUGCAUCACCUGCACCUCACCUAUAAUGAGAAGGGUGUUCUUGCUGCAUAGCAGCUGUCAGAAAUUUGAUGUCUGGCUAAAUGGACAUCAGCUUUAGACAGAGAUCAUGUCCAACAUCCAUUUUAUUCCCAUAAUUAGUCUUUAAAACCACAAAGGCUGAAAAUCCUUGUUUGGAUUUAUUGAAUUGGCAGUAACCGCAUCAUACAGUAAAUAUCAAUGGCCUCUUAGCAUAUUUCAAGUAAGUCUGUAUCUAGAAAGUCCCAAUUAAUUUUGUGUAAAAUUUCCAAGCAAGUAUAACAUAAUACUAAGCUCCAAGGUUGUCUGGCUUUCUGGAACUGCCAAAUGGAUUCUGCAUUUAGCAAUGUUGCUCUAUGCACAGGGAUUUAAUCACCGAGGGGCCUUUUAGAGUUUGUACUUGUACUUCCAUGGAGUUUAGGAUCUGCCACUCCUCUUUUUUGAGAAAUUCAUACAGAUUGUCAAAGAAUUCGUAAUUGUCUUGAACCACUUUUCUAUCUCACACUUAGAGCUUCUUAAUUCCUUUACAUACAAGGUCACUUUAAGUCAAGGAAUCAAACUGACUUUUAAAACCAGGUACAGUAUUUAUGAUAAAUGUCCUGACACCCCUCAAAAAGUCAAGUGAGCUCCUGAUUACAUGAAAGCCACCAGAUGUCAGUGUGAAGGAAAAUUUCCCAGGUUGCUACACAUUUAUCUUUCUGAAGCCCCCCAAAAUAUUGAGAAUGUCAGAUAAAAGUGGGUGUCAUGUUGUGAAAUGGAUUUAUGUCAGUUCAAACUCAACAGACCUGUGUGUCUUCAUUUACUGCAAUGUUAUUUCUUUUUAGGAACAUUUCAAUUUGUAAAGCAAUAUCGAACACCUAAUAUAGCAAUACACAUUAAAUAGUUAAAUGGACAGCCAUUAAAUAAAAAAAUUAAAAAAUGAAAUGUUUGUGAUAUUUUCAUAAAGUGUAUGCAUUUAGAAAACAACCGCUAACUCAAACCCAGUCUUAUAUAAUGACUGCAAGCUUGGAAAAGGAAAGUAAUAUUGUCUGGUGAGUCAUCUUGUAUCUGGAUGGGUUCCACUUUUCACAGUGUCUGCCCUUAGCAAUUACACAUGACACUAUCUUCUUGAAGUGUGGUACAUUUUCCCACUAGGAAUGGUUCAGAAUGUGUCUGUGUAGAUGCCCUAAAAACAAAAGCCAGCCAUAUUCUCACUUAUUAUCAAGUGUGCCACUUGAUAUCCAGUAUUUGGCUUGUACAUUGAGCCUCAUUUUUUAAUUAUUUGGUAAAACUUUGUGUAAAUGUUUUCCUAGGACAAACAAAACCUCCUGCCAGAUUUAUAGAAUUUUCAGCAACGUUGAUUAUUUUCAUGCUAUAUCAGUCAACCGUAAAAAAUACCAGGAAUAUUCAUGGCACAGCUGAUUUACAUUUGUUAUGAACACGAUGCGGCGGCACAGUGGUGUAGUUAACACUGUGGCUAACUCCAGGGGCAAGGGUUCGAUUCCAGCCUUGGUGCUAUGUGCAUCGUAGGUUUCCUUUGGGUACUAUGGUUUCCUCCCACAGUCCAAAGACAAGCCAUAGAGUGUGAGUGAGAGUGUGAGUGUGCGCGGAUGACUGGCACCCCAUCCAGGACGCACCCUGCCUAGCGCCCCAUGUUCCCUGGGAUAGGCUUCAGACCGCCUUUGCAGAGUGGUGCAGAGAAGAAAUAAGUGAGUGAACAUAAUGCUCUAUAAAAGCUUGACAUUGAUGACAAAUUGAUGACAAAGCAGUGAUUGAGUGACUCCCACACACUGCAUACUGUAUAUUGGACACAUCAGCUCUUCCAACUUUAAUAGAGUGCCAGUUCUUUUGUCCUAAGUUUGUCCUAAGCCUAAUUGUUUUCAUCUUAAUUUAAAAGAAU